AUGUGGGAAGGACAACGGUCGAUUGGAAAAGACCAUAAUCAGAUAUGGGAAGGACCACGGUGGACAGGAAAGCACUAUAAUCAGAUACAGGAAGGACCACAGUCAAUGGGAAAAGACCAAAAUCAGAUAUGGGAAGGACCACAAUUGAUAGGAAAGGCCCAUAAUCAGAUUCAGGAAGGACCAUGGUGGAUGGGAAUGGCCCAAAAUCACAUGUGGGAAGGACCACAGUUGAUGGGAAUGGACCAUAAUCAGAUCCAGGAAGGACCAUGGCGGAUGAGAAUGGCCCAUAAUCACAUGUGGGAAGGACCACAGUUGAUGGAAUGGACCAUAAUCAGAUAUGGGAAGGACCAUGGUGGACAGGAAAGCACUAUAAUCAGAUACGGGAAGGACCAUGGUGGAUGGGAAAAGACCAUAAUCAGAUAUGGGAAGGACCAGUGGGAUGGGAAAGGAUUUGUGUGGGUUGACAUGGACAAGAAUUUUGGAAGAAGCACAGUGAUGGAAUGGGCUAGAUCUCUGAGGGAGUGCGGUGAUGGAAACAACCAGUUGACAUGGACAAGAAUUUGGAAGAAGCACGGUGGCGGAAUAGGCUGGAUCUCUGAGGGUUGA